AUAGCGACAGUGGUUCUUAUACAAUUUUUUAAGUUAAUUCUAGCAGUAAUCCUUACAGGAAAAUAGUUGGAAAAUUGUGCAAAACGUGCAAACGCUGCUUGCUAUAAGCGCAAAAGGUUCCAUGCAGCGAGGGAAACGUACAGAUCGGCUUUUGUGCGUGCGAGUGAGAAAUUAAAAUGUGGAAUAUGAUGUGCGACGUAAUGCCAACGAUUUCGGAGGAUAGCAUCUCCCAGAGAUCCUCACAAUUUAGCGGCGAAGAUGCCAACUUCGAGCAGCUAAUGGUGUCUAUGUUGGACGAGCGUGACAAAUUGAUGGACAGUUUGCGCGAAGCUCAAGAGCGGCUCAGUGAAACGGAAGUAAAACUGCACGAUGUGGAAAAAGAGCGUGAUAGCUUACAGCGGCAGAUAAAUGCUAACUUACCUCAAGAAUUUGCAACCUUAACGAAGGAACUUACGCAAGCACGUGAAACGCUGCUUGAGCGUGAUGAGGAAAUAGGCGAGCUGAAAGCUGAACGCAACAAUACGAGGUUACUGUUGGAGCAUUUAGAAUGUCUGGUGGCGCGACAUGAACGUUCUUUGCGAAUGACGGUUGUGAAGCGACAGGCGGCUGCUCAAAGCGGGGUCUCCAGUGAGGUGGAAGUACUAAAAGCAUUAAAGAGUCUAUUCGAGCAUCAUAAAGCGUUGGACGAAAAAGUGCGCGAACGUCUACGUUUAUCAAUUGAAAAGAAUAGUUCACUCGAAGAGGAAUUAAACGCAACCAAAGAAGAGCUUCAGCAAUAUAAAACUGGUGCAAUACAAGCCAAUCGUGAUGCUAGCAAUGAGAAUGGAGUGAAUGAGAAGGUUGGUAGCGGGCUUAACGGUGAAUCAAAUGAGGCAAACGAUUAUGCUGCAAAAACGCAUGAGCUGCAAACAAUAAUCGAGAAGCAAACAGCUGAGCUAUCGCAAUGGCAGCGGCGUGUCUCUGAUUUGAACAGCAAAAUAUGCGAAUUGGAGGAGAGUUUAAGCAGAACUCAAAAGGAGUUGUGCAAGGCGCAAGAACAAUGUUCGAAGUUACAAAGAGAUUUGAGAGAAAAUGUCGCACAGAAGGAAGAUCAGGAGGAACGUAUCGCCACUUUGGAGAAACGUUAUUUAAAUGCUCAACGUGAAUCGACGUCUUUGCACGACUUGAACGAGAAACUGGAGCAGGAAUUGCGCCAUAAAGAAGCACAAAUUAAGUUACACGAAGAGAAGAUUUGCGCAAUCGAGGAAAAAUUGGAGUUGUCUGAACAAAAGUUGGCUCAACAGGCAAAAUUACAGCCUGACAUGGAGGAGCAGCUUAAAGCUCGCAUGGAAGCUUUGACAAAGGUAGGAAAUAAGGCACAGGAGCGCCAUGGUUCAGCAGAAGAUCGUAUACAGCGUCUAGAGGCCAACUUGGAUGAGAAAAACGCAGAGGUUUUAAGACUGAACCAAAGAUUAAAAAUGAACGAGGAGCACAAUUUAAGGUUGUCGUCCACUGUGGACAAACUGCUUUCGGAAUCGAACGAGCGGUUGCAAGUACAUUUGAAGGAGCGUAUGCAUGCGCUUGAUGAGAAGAAUACCCUCUCUCAGGAAUUGGAGAAAGCGCGCAAAAUGGCCGAAGAACUGCAUCAUCAGAAGGGUGAAAUUAUGAAGGAAUUGUCGAAGACACGUUUGGAAAUUGAGAAUUUCAAGCGACAGUUGUUGCAGCAAGAAAUCGCCUACAACAUACAACAAACCGAAGCGCUCACCCGCAGUCUAUCGCCCAGCAGCGCCGUAGAUGGUGGUGCCUUCUCGCGUAGCACCUCGCACGCCAGUUUCGACACACACUCGUUGCGUCGCAGCAAAUCGCGCAUGCAAGAAGAGGCGAACAUAGCACGUUCGAUGGCCGAACAGGAAUGGGAGAAUCUGCAGCAGGCGCACGCACAACAGGCGUACGAAAUGUCUGCCGCAGUAGCGGCUGCUGCCGCCGCCGAAUGCGAGGACAGCGAAGCAGCGGCGGCAGCUGCCAUGUUUGCCGCGUCCGACAUGAUGUCGCCGUCUGGACAUGCAGAUGCUCAAACGCUCGCCAUGAUGUUGCAAGAGCAAUUAGAUGCCAUUAAUAAUGAGAUUCGUUUGAUACAGGAAGAGAAGCAAUCAACAGAGGCGCGUGCGGAAGAGCUAGAAUCGCGUGUGGGCAGUCUGGAGCAUGUGAAUUUGUUGGCGCGCGGUCGUUCGAUGGAUCGUCAAAGCCCACCAAUGAGUGGGCGCAGCACACCGAAUAGCCCAAACAGAGAUUUCUUGCAGAAGUACCAUACUUUAAAUUUGCCUGUUUUGUCGAGCGAUAUGUCACGCGAUGACAUUCAUGGCAUGUCUACCGCUGGCGAUUCGAGUUCAGGUGGCGCAGCAUCGCCAUUAACUGCUAGAUCCAUGCGUCUUGAGCGCGUUGCGCAGGCGUUGGCACACAGCCAAGAGGAGCUACGCCGACGUUCGGUGGGCAUCUCACCUAAUCAAGGUGUUGACCAUCCAAGUCAUGUGGCUUUGCCACAGCUUAGUAACUAUGGUCUUUCGCCGUUAAGUUCGCGUUAUGGCAGUCAGGAAUCGCUGAGUCGUCACUACAAUACAAUGGGCUCAAUGACAAUGCUGCAGACACCUACCACCACUGGGGGUCGUGAUGUCGCUUCAGCGGUGCAAAAGAAAAAGGGUAUCAAAUCAAGUUUAGGCCGAUUUUUCAGUAAGAAAGACAAAGUGAAAGGCGUCAAAGAUACGUUGCCUGAUGGCUCAACCAGUAUGAUGUCUAUUGGCAAUUUGUCGAUGGGCCUGAGUGAAGGUGAAUCGAAUUAUGAUGUCAUGAGUGUAACCGGUGGUAUGGUGCCGCGUAUGAGCAGUAUGCCAGGGUCGAAAAUAUCUUCAGUUGAUUAUGGACGGCAGAAAAAGGAACACGACUAUAGAAAUGAUUUGCUUGGCGAGGCGAUGAAAGCAGGAACACCGUUUGCGUUAUGGAAUGGUCCAACUAUUGUUGCUUGGCUAGAGCUGUGGGUUGGCAUGCCAGCAUGGUAUGUUGCAGCCUGUAGAGCAAAUGUAAAAUCGGGUGCCAUUAUGAGUGCGUUGAGUGACACUGAAAUACAGCGCGAAAUUGGCAUAAGCAAUCCACUGCACAGACUUAAAUUACGCCUUGCCAUACAAGAAAUGGUUUCAUUAACUUCGCCAUCAGCGCCUCAAACGUCACGUACAACGUUGGCUUUUGGUGACAUGAAUCACGAGUGGAUCGGCAACUAUUGGUUGCCUGGUCUGGGCCUCCCGCAAUAUCGCACCACAUUCAUGGAAUGUCUGGUAGAUGCGCGCAUGUUAGAUCAUCUAACGAAAAAAGAUUUGCGCGGUCAACUUAAAAUGGUGGAUAGCUUCCAUCGUACUAGUCUGCAAUAUGGAAUUUCAUGCUUGAAACGGCUCAACUAUGAUCGCAGUGAGCUGGAGCACAGGCGUAAAAUGUCAGAAAACGGCCUUUGCGAUGUGCUGGUGUGGAGCAACGACCGCGUAAUACGCUGGGUAUGCAGUAUUGGAUUGAAGGAAUAUGCUAAUAAUUUACUAGAGUCAGGUGUACACGGCGCACUCGUUGCAUUGGAUGAAAGUUUUGAUUCUAAUGCGAUGGCUUUAGCCCUACAAAUACCAACACAAAACGCACAAGCACGUCACACUUUAGAUCAAGAAUUCAAUAAUUUGCUGCAAAUUGCCACAGAUCGAAGGCCGGAAAAUGAACAGCAUAGCAAUUCUUGAUCCAGCUUUGGUAUCACGGCCGACAUGGCUGGGGAGUAAAAUAGUAAACGUAAUAGUAGAAACAGCCGUUGAAGCAACAGCUGCAGUACUAGUAAGCAACAUGCAAACUAACAACAGCAACUACAGCCGCUACGCGCAAGCAAAUAUACAUGAAGGCACAUAGACGCCGCAUAGCGCUGGAUAAAUUGAAAAAAAUCAAAAACACACAAACACACACACACUAUAUCGAGCGUAGUAAAUUACCAUAUUUCAUGCAUCUAUAAAUCAGUUGACAAAGUCAUAUGUUGCAGUGAUAUGCAGUGAUCCAGUUGUAUGUUAAAUGUAUUUGGUAUUUAUAUAUAUUUCCUUUUUUAGUGAGCGUCUUAAAUCUUUAAACAUUAUAUAUAUAUAUAUAUACUUACAAUAAGUAUUCUAACGAAAUUCAUACGCAUCAUACAUACAUACCUAUAACCAUAUUCAAGCACAAUGUAAAGCGAGGCGUAAAGAAAAAGUAGACGUGGGUCUUGCGGUCAAUGCUAACAACACAGCAGUCAGCAGGUCGCAAUGACAGCUAUUUGUGGACAAGACAUAACUACGAAACAUUGGUUGACUACAGCCAAACACAUAUACUCACAUAAUUCAUUAAUGUUUCGACGGAAACGCAAAAACCAGCAUCAAGAGUUCGAUGUGCAAUGUUGAGUUCAAUGUUAGCAGAAAAGCAGUGAAUAUUGUUUUUUGUAUCGUAAACUUUUUAGUUUGCGUGCGUUAUGUUUUACUGUCUCAAUAGUGAGUUAACGUAUUUUUUGCUCGAUGUUACUUCCGGUCUAGGUAAGUGUUUGUAUGAUUUCAUAGCCAACAAAAAAAUUAAAUCACAAAACAGGCCGCUUCGAAAUUUAACUUACGCUAUACUCCACAGCUGUGUCUCACCUGCUUGCUACCUUGCUUUCUUUCUCACUCUCCCUCUCUAUUUUUUUCUUACCUAUUCCCGCACGGUCGCGUGUUAGAAAAAAAAAACAUUUUUUUACCAUAAUUUUUUACGUAUAUUUUACAUAGUCGUUAGCUCCAAAUAGAAGCAUAAACAGUAUUUUGCAGUUUUAUAAGAUAAAGUGAAAAAACUAGAACAAACAAUUUAAGCAUAUGGUACAUAAGUGGCGCCAUAUUCCAGCCUUCAGAACCUCAGUGCCCAUACAUUGCACUAUCAUAAGAAUAAAUAAGAAUUUACCGAAAAAAUAUACGGUGUGCUAUAUCAUCAUUAACUGCUUCCAAAGUUGCUAAUAAAAAAUCUUGCUCUUCAAACAAAGCUAAAACCAAAUAAAUAAAUAAACAAAAGUAAAACACUUGCAUGCACGAACAAAUUCACAAUAAUAAACAACAAUUCAAACGAUUGGCUUAAGUUUUUAUAUCUUCGUUCAUGUAAAGCCAAUGCGAGAAACAGCCAUAUAACCUGUCACUUAAUUACCUAGCGCAACCUUGCCAUAAAUUGAACUUUCGCGACAAAGUUCCUAUAGCAACAAGAAACAAGGGAGCAAAAAUCUUCGUUCUCACGACAAUCGGGUAUACGCUAUUUGUGUUAUACUUGACCAGAGAGUGUCACUCACUCAGCGACGCUAUAAAUGUUUGGAUAGUCUAGAAAAAUAUACGAACAACUUUCUCUUAGUUUCAAAACAAUUAUGUGCAAUAGAUAUAUAUUUUUUUCUUAAAUGCAUUAUGAACCCGCGCAUUCAUCAAAACAAAACAAACAAAAAAACAACUGUGUUCCAUGCAAGAGUUCCUCUAUUCUAGUAAAUAUAAUAACAAAAAAGAAUUGUAUAUUGUUCUCAACAAUGCGUGUCGUUUCUCUGUAUGCGGUAAAAACAGCUAUGAUGGUCUAUAUAAUAACUUUAUAUGUAAAAAAAAAGUUACACAAAUUAUUAAAAAUAGCAAUAAAAAAAUUUAACUAUUGUCAUUAAGUAUUAAACGUUUAACCAAAUAUAUAGCACGUGGUUUAAAUUGAUUUUAAUUGGUAUUAAAAUUGUACGCUCUUUGCAUUUUUUGUUUCUAUUGUUUUUUUGUUGCUCGAGAAACGUCACAGCUGUUAAUUCCCCCUACAAUUUGAGAUAAGCCAAAGUCGUUUUGUUUCAAUUGUUGCUUUUUUUCUUCCAGUACCAUACGCAUAUACAAAUACAAAUUCCACCUCAUGACGAUACAACCAUACAGACAUAUACAAGUACAUUAAUAAAUAUAAAGCUGUUCAAUUCACAUGACUUCCUAACUUGCGGCCUAUGUAUUGAUUGCUGUUGUAUAGCAUUAGCGAAUUUCUAGUUCUUUUGUAUAGCUUAUAUGCUGAUAUAAAAAUUGAAUAACAAAAACAACAACACUAUUAGUCAAAUGUAAACGAACUACAUAACCGCAUACAUCAUCAUUUAGGCCAUGUACACAUACAUACAUUCUUACAAACAUUUAUAAAUACAUGCAUAUAUAUUUAGAUUCAGCAAAUGGUAAAUUACAAUAAAUGUACAUGUGUGUAUGUGUAUGUAUAUGCAUACAUGUAUAUGCAUACGAAAAGUAAUGAGCGCAUAAAUGUAACCAUUAAUCAUUGACUAAUCAAGUAUUACCGGACAAAAUUGCAAAACACAAGAAAACAAAAAACCAAAACAAAGAAAUAUUAAUUGAAAUUAAAAAUGUGGCAGAAAACAAAGUUUAAAAACAAAACAAAAACUAUUGAAAUUAAAAAGCUUUAAAGGCACUACUUAACUAUGAUUAAUUAAAAAAAGAAAACAAAAAAACAAAAACAAAAACAAAAAAUAUUCAUUCGUUUAAUGUAUACCCCUACUAUACGAGUAACAAAUAGGCAAAACAAACAACAAACAAAAACAAAAAAAUUAAAUCGUUAAAGACAUCAACAAAUCAACGGAGCGUACGCAUGCUAACUGAGAUAAACAAAUUGAAAGUUUGCAGUAUAUGGACAAUUUUAUACAAUAUACAUAGCAUUUUCAUAUUUAUAUACAUACCUACAGUUACAGAACAAGUCAAGGGUGUUAGGGCAAUCAUGGCACAAAUGUAUGUAUGUAUGCAUGUAUGCAUGUCAGAAACGCUACAUACGAUACGAGUAUAUUAAUGAUUAGGAAAUUUUGAAAAUUGCUGUAUACAUACAUAUAUUUAUUACAAGUAUUCAAUCUUUCAAAAUAGGCAAUAGAACCAAAACUGUUAAUUAAUUUAAUUUAAAUUUAAAAUAAUAAUAAAAUAUUUAUACCUAAAAAUAA